CCGGACCAUGGGAGUUUUGGGCAGGAUCUUGUUAAUGGUUGCAUGCGCAAUCGGCGCUAUCUGCUGUAUAGCAGCCAUAGUGGAAUACCGAGAUGAGAUUAAAUCAGAAUACAAAUCUGAGCGUAUCAAGGGGACGAUAGCUUGCUUGUUCAUUGAGGCCAUCAUCUUUGGGAGCAUGAUAGUGUUUCUAUUCAUAACACUGUGCUGCCCAUGCAGUGACUUGCUGAUGGGAGUCGUGAUCGGAGUUGGUGGUGGUGCGACCGCAAUUUUUGCCGCUAUCGCAUUCGGUUUGAUGAGCAAAACGCAUAUUGGAAGCAUACCUCAGGUCGGUGAAUGGACCUUCGCAGGUAUCUUCUCCGGCGUAUCUGUCGUUUUGAUUGCUCUGACACUGGCAGUUUCGUAAUUAUCGCUGGCGCGCUGGUCAUUCAAUUACUAUCAUAGUUGAUACAAGACAUUUGGACGCAAUGAACACAUAUUCCAUUUAGUGCCUCUAUUUACUUUGAUAUUUUGCGUCUUGUAAUGUUCCAUUUCAGAUCACUUGGUGUAUAUGUACAUUCUAUCACUUAUUUCGCAAAAUAUGCAUCCAAUUUUGCCUUUGCACCCCAUUAAAUACGAUUAUAUUUGUGGGCUACGUUAUUUUCAGCAAUAAUACUGACAUUCCUUGCUUUAUCUUGAUCAAUUUUCGUCCUCACAUAUGACCACUGGUUUAUCUU